AUGGAGGCUAAUCACAGUGAUUUGGAUGGCGCGUGUGCGAAUGGACUUAUGUAUGAGGUCGCAGUGCAGAACUCCUCCGCGAACCACAGCUCUCAGUUCGCCGACGUGGCCCUGCUGCAGACUUUCAAACCUCUGAUCAUCCCUUGUUACGCGCUGGUGGUCGUGGUGGGGGUCUUCGGAAACUAUUUGUUGAUUUACGUCAUAUGCCGCACGCGUAAAAUGCACAACGUCACCAACUUUUUCAUCGGAAACCUGGCCUUCUCCGAUAUGUUGAUGUGCGUGACCUGCGUGCCCUUUACGCUCGCGUACGCCUUCAAUCCCCACGGAUGGGUGUUUGGGCGCUCCAUGUGCUACCUGGUGUUCCUGAUACAGCCUGUCACCGUCUACGUCUCCGUCUUCACACUGACGGCCAUAGCUGUUGACAGGUACUCGGCCACAGUGCACCCUCUGAAGAAGCGCACCUCUGUGUCCACCUGUGCUGCUGUGCUCACAGGGAUAUGGCUCCUGUCCUGUGCUCUGGUGGCUCCGGCUAUUAUGCACACAUAUCAUGUGGAGUUCAAAGAGGAGGGCUUCACUAUCUGCGAGGAGUUCUGGAUAGGUCAAGAGAAAGAAAGGCGAGCUUAUGCAUACAGCACACUUCUGGUGACCUAUGUUCUGCCCUUGUCAGCUGUCUUUGUGUCCUAUCUGUGCAUCACUGUCAAAUUAAAGAAGUGCGUGGCUCCAGGGAAUAGGACCAAGACCCAGAAUGCACCUCAGCAGGCCCGCAAGAGGAAGAUCUUCAGGCUGGUGGCUCUUCUGGUGUCCGCCUUUGCUGUAUGCUGGCUGCCCAUCCACGUGUUCAAUGUGCUGAGAGACAUAGACAUUCACCUCAUCAACAAGCGCUACUUUUUACUGAUCCAGCUUCUGUGUCACCUCUGUGCCAUGAGCUCUUCCUGUUGUAACCCAUUCCUCUAUGCCUGGCUCCAUGACCGCUUCCGAACCGAGCUCAGGAAGAUGUUUAAGUGCAACCGCCGCAUCAGAGCGCCCACCAAUCACUGUGCACCCACUAUUGUCCUGUAA